AUGGACGACAUACUUGCGCCACUGCAGAAUGCCUUUGAGGGCCAGAUUGUAUUUUUCGCCCCCUUGCCCUCUUCCUUUCACACGACCCCAUCCAUCCCGCAAUACCCAUUCGCGCGCUCCGAACCCCAACUGCCCGAGCUACCUGCUAACUACCAUUCGCCACAGGACUUCCACGGCCAGCGCCUAGCCGACAUCCUCAGCACCGUGCUCCUGAUUAUCUCCGGGGCCGUCUCUUUCCUCACCGGCUACAUCUACAAAGACAUCUACCUCACGCUAUGGACCGGGCUAGCCGGUACGCUCCUUACUGCUCUCGUCGUUAUCCCGCCCUGGCCCAUGUACAACCAGCAUCCAGAGAAAUGGCUCGGCACAGCUAGAAAGGGCGGGCCGACGGUACUUGUUGAUGGUGUGAAGGUGGCAUGA